AACAACACAACACAAAAGUCGGCUACAACUCUUGAGAGUGACUUGGGUUUUGCGUAUGGUGGAUACCAGAGCCGAGUCGAUUGACAAGAAAAUUUCUAGGCUUGAUGCAGAACUGGUGAAGUAUAAAGAUCAGAUGAAGAAAAUGAGGGAGGGGCCUGCCAAGAAUAUGGUAAAGCAGAAAGCUUUGAGAGUGUUAAAGCAGAAGCGAAUGUAUGAGCAACAGAGGGAUAAUCUGGCACAGCAGUCUUUUAACAUGGAACAGGCUAACUACACCAUCCAAUCACUGAAGGAUACAAAGACAACGGUUGAUGCUAUGAAACUGGGGGUGAAAGAAAUGAAGAAGGCUUACAAGCAAGUCAAAAUUGAUCAGAUUGAGGACAUACAAGACCAGUUAGAAGAUAUGAUGGAAGAUGCCAAUGAGGUCCAGGAAGCACUUAGCCGUAGUUAUGGGACACCAGAGAUUGAUGAAGAUGACUUGGAGGCAGAACUGGAUGCAUUGGGUGAUGAACUUUUGGCUGAUGAGGACACUUCCUAUUUAGAUGAAGCUGCAUCAGUUCCAGCAAUCCCAGAAGGCACUCCUACUGACACGAAAAACAAGGAUGGUGUAUUGGUGGAUGAAUUUGGACUGCCAAAGAUUCCCGCUACAUAAGUCUUCCUGCAGCAUGUUGGAAAUUAAAUUAACUUUUUUUUUUUAAAAUCCUGGAAGACUUGCCCUCCAAGUAUAACUGUAUUAUCACUACAUCCUAGAACGCAAGAUGAAUGGCUGAUGGUUUCUUUGAAGAAAGUUGUUAUACUGCUGACCUUUUUUUUUUCUAUUAAUGGGGAAAUGGCACAAUUUUCUUCAGUGGAUGCAGUCAGUCUACUAGAUUUUGAUUCCCUGUGUCUUAUGGGUGAAUUAAUAUAUGAAAAAUAGUGGUGGCCAUUUAUAGCUGAGCUGUUUUUGAUUUGUAUUAUAUUUCUGUUUUCUGGAACUAAGGAUGUGUAGCUGCUUGCCCACUGUAAGAUAACUUCCUUAUUCUUUUACUGAUUUGAUAAAGAAUGGGUGCAUUUUUAAAUUACUUCAUUUUGGAGACUCUUGCUCUUGUAUUUGUAACUCUUAAUUAUAGCUGUAACAAAUGAAUACUAAAGUUAUUAAUAUUACAUAUUCCAUUUUGACAUAAAACAUGUAACAGAGAUUAUUAGCUGAUCCUUAUGUGUGGUGUUUUUGAUGGUAGCCUUAACUUGCUUUUUGGAUCCUUCAUUAUGAGCAUGGGGCUGUCCCUGAAAGCGCAGGGUUAUGAUUGACAUCCAGCUUAAAUCCCAGAAAUUUCUCCUCCUAUUCAUGCAUCUCCGUCUUUGUAUGCCAGGUCCUCACUUCUGCCAGACCAGUGCUCAUACUGUAUUUAUCCUCUGGCCAGAAGUUAGAGUUGUCAUUUUUUUUUUUUUGAUGAUCUUUGUAGACCUUUCUGGGAAAUGCUUGUAGAACAAACUGCCUUCUCCCUUUCUCUGGCCCCAUUGGCCAGGAGAAUGGGACUACUCCCAAACUGGUCACCUGUGCUAAUGAUACUACUACUAAUGAUACUACUAUUGCCUUGCCAAGUCUUGAGACAGGCUGUUGGUUUUUUAUUUUUUUUACUCACCACUGGCAGCCAAACAGUUUUGCAUUUGAAUCAAGAACAAAAGCCUACCAAUGUUUGUAAAGGAACUGAGAGCUAUUUAUGUCUAAUAAAGCUAUUUUUCCAAAGCACAUUUUAAAACACCUCCCUCCUUAAUAGAGUGAAGAAUCGGUUGGACCAAGGGAACCAUGCCGUUCAGAAGACUGUACUUUAUGGCCCCAGCUUGGUUGGCAGGGUUUGCAGGAGCUGGAAAGCUUAGACUUUAGUGUCUGGGUCCACUAAUAGGAGGCGGAACUGGAACAAAAGAUCUGCUGCCAGGAAACUUUUAUAGUGGAGACAAGUUGCAGAGAACGGUUCAGGAGGGGCCUCUCAGUCGCCGCGGGCCAGGAGCUAGUGCCUGCGCCCCCGCGGGUGGGUGGAUCCUGAGGGGAGGGUGGCAGCCGAGCACGUCCUGAGAUAGACCAGGCAGCGGCUGAUUUUAAAGCGUCUUUUUCUUAUAAACUCCCCGAGAGGCGGUCUGGCGAGCAGAUGUGGGGGGGACCCGCUCUCAUUUCAGUCAGGGGAAGGGAGGGAGGGAGGCUGCGUUUGCCGGCGGGAACGGCCGGGCGGGGCCGGAAGCGCCACCGCCUUUGGUGCAACUAGUCGGAUUGUUCGUUACCAGAGUGCGUGCGCCUGACGUUCUUGCAACGUGCGGAGUCAUUCGUGUGCGUGCGUGACGAUCUUUCCACUCAGCCCCUCAUUUUGCCGCCCCCCGGACAGCCUAAGAGCCUUUCCCGCCGCCGGUGGCAAUGAAGUGGGGGGCGGCCCCGGCCCGAUGCGCUCAGGAAACCCCAUUCGUCACCGGCCACCGGACCCGGCGGCUAAUAGGCUGGAGGAGGAAAGGGCGUGACGUGAUAUCAGUACGUCUUCUCCCGGGCACU